AUGCAGACUGCCCUGAUGAGGCACCUGGCUCAGGGCGCUGGUGCAUCGUUGUUUUCGCGUCCAUCCACCAGACUCCAACGCCAUCAGAUCUUAAGAAGUAUUCCACGCCGACCCAUAUCAUUCCGUCAUCUUCAACCUUCAUCAAUAUUACAGAAGUCAACCAAGCACAUAUCUACCCCGCUCAUCCGCUAUGCGCAUACCAUAUCAGUAUCGGGAUUGAAAGCUUUUAUAUGGCGCCAUCCCGUGCUUCGGUUCAUAUACCAUGGCUUUACAUACUUGGGAUUCUUGAUAAUUGGUGGUGGAGCGGUGGUUGCCGGUAUUUUCCUCUAUGAUUACACCACUUAUACCGAAGAUCCUAGUAUGGAGGAUGUACCAGUGUCGGAAUUGGCGCUUAAUCCGAAACGAGGAGGGCCAAAGAAUUUACCUAUAGCGGAGGUCCUGGUUGAUGAUGAAGAUAGUGAAGCUAUGCAGGCGCAGCGCGAUAAGCCCAAGUUGGUUGUCUUGGGUACUGGUUGGGGAAGUAUCGCACUGCUCAAGACCUUGAACCCGGGAGAUUAUCACGUUACUGUUGUAUCCCCGGUGAACUAUUUCUUGUUUACGCCUAUGUUACCGUCAGCAACUGUGGGAACAUUGAGUUUGAAGUCACUUGUGGAACCGGUGCGACGUAUCGUUCAUCGUCUUCGCGGCCAUUUCUUGAAGGCGGAAGCUGAGGAUGUUGAUUUCUCUUCCAAGUUGGUAGAGGUUUCCCAAGUGGAUGCCAAUGGCGUUAAAAAACAUUUUUAUCUUCCAUACGACAAACUUGUCAUUGCUGUUGGCUCAACAACGAACCCGCAUGGUGUCAAAGGUUUGGAGAACUGUCACAUGCUCAAAUCCAUCGACGAUGCACGGAAAAUCAAGAACAAGGUCACAGAUAACUUGGAACUCGCAUGCCUACCGACAACAUCGGAUGAAGAGCGCAAAAGGCUGCUUUCAUUCGUUGUCUGCGGUGGUGGACCAACUGGUGUAGAGUUUGCCGCGGAGCUCUACGAUUUGCUCAAUGAAGAUCUGAGAAAGAACUUCCCCAAAAUUCUGCGAAACGAAAUAUCCGUUCAUGUUAUUCAGAGCCGAAGCCACAUUUUGAAUACAUAUGAUGAGGCUCUUUCAAAAUAUGCCGAAUCACGAUUUGCACAUGACUCUGUUGAGGUCUUGACAAACUCCCGAGUCAAGGAGGUUCAUCCUGAUAAGAUUCUCUUCACACAACAGGAGGAUGGCAAGACUGUAACAAAGGAGAUACCCAUGGGUUUUUGUUUGUGGUCGACUGGAGUGUCGCAAACCGGCUUCGCUCAAAAGCUUGCUAAGAAACUUGAACAACAAAACAACAAGCAUGCCUUGGAAACCGACACUCAUCUUCGAUUGAUCGGAGCCCCCCUAGGUGAUGUAUACGCUAUUGGCGACUGCGCAACAGUCCAAAACAACAUUGCCGACCACAUGGUCACCUUCCUUCGCACAAUCGCAUGGGAAAAGGGCAAAGACCCCGAAAAAGUUCACCUCACUUUCAGCGAAUGGCGUAGUGUAGCAGACCGAGUCAAGAAGCGAUUCCCGCAAGCCGCAAACCAUCUCCGACGUCUUGAUCGACUAUUCCAAGAAUACGACCGUGACCAUUCCGGUACCCUCGACUUUGACGAAUUACACGAACUAUUGAUGCAAAUCGACUCGAAACUAACAUCGUUACCCGCCACAGCUCAGCGUGCCAAUCAACAAGGUGAAUACCUGGGACGGAAAUUCAACCACAUCGCCAAAGCCCUACCCGGCAUGCGGGCUAACGAAAUCGACUACGGCGAUCUCGAUGAGGCAGUAUACAAAGCAUUCAGCUACAAACAUCUGGGUAGCUUGGCAUAUAUCGGAAACGCAGCGAUCUUUGAUUUCAAUGGAUUGAAUUUCGGCGGUGGUCUGUUGGCGGUGUAUUUAUGGCGAAGUAUCUAUUUCUCGCAGAGUGUUAGUUUGAGGACUCGCGCGCUGUUGGCGAUGGACUGGACGAAGAGGGCAUUUUUUGGUAGAGGUAUGUUUCCUUUUUUUCAUCUUACCCUCGAUGACCUUUAUGAUGAAUAUAUCUGA